UUUGGCUUUCAUGAAAUGAGCUUCUUUACUCACAUAUGUAUAUUUGAUAUGUCUUUUACAGGAUGCAGGUAAGAGCACCAUCACAGCCAAUGGUUGUGUCUAUACCAAUAUUGCAUUAUGAUGAUACUGAAUCUGCAAAAGCAUCAAGACGGCAACUCAAGGAAGCUAUAUAUACAACACUAUUUAACAUGAAUGUUCCUGCUGUUUGUGCAAUUAAUCAGGCAACUUUAGCUUUGUAUGCUGCUAGAAGAACUUCAGGAAUUGUUGUAAAUAUUGGGUUUCAAGUCACAUCAGUUGUUCCAAUUUUACAUGGUAAAGUAAUGCGUAAAGUGGGUGUGGAGGUUGUGGGACUGGGAGCACUAAAACUUACCGGGUUUCUUAAGGAGUUGAUGCAACAGAACAAUAUUAGUUUUGAAUCGCUGUACACCGUUCGCACUUUGAAAGAGAAUCUCUGUUAUGUUGCCUAUGAUUAUGAGGCUGAGCUACUCAAAGAUACACGAGCAUCAUCUGACGCAGCAGGAGAAGGUCAGUUCACUCUUUCAAAAGAGCAGUUUCAAACAGGAGAAAUCUUAUUCCAGCCACGAAUGACAGGAGUGUAA